UGACCGGUCACUAGGCGGUCUCUAUUCUUUAAUACCUCGUUCCUAUCGACAUCCACCGCAUCAUCACUAUCGCCAUCCGCCGCCGCCGCCGCCGCCGCCGCUGUUAACUUCCGCCACGACCACGUCCUUCGUAGUCUCCGGUCGACAUCCGCGGCCGCCGAUAACAUCGCUGGUCGCUUGUUCAUACUACACAUCCGGCAGCCGUCGUUUUCUCCGUCCGUAUUUUUGGAGGACAAAUGAAAGUCGUUGGCACACGUCCACAGAAGGUCCGAAAAGUUACGAUUCAAGACAGUCAAGAUGCAGUCACCUAUCAAUUUGAUGAUCCACCAUUAGUUCCCCCUACGGCUGGGUUGCAAAUUACUAUCCAUCCUGCUGCAGCCUCAUCAUCGGAGCACUCUGUAGCACAAGAAGCGGCUCACAAUACAGUUGCAGAGGAGUGUCCGGCACAGGCGGUACCGGGUCAACAAACUAAUCCUAAUAACACAUCAACAUCUCACACUUCAACGGGGAUCCCCCCGUUGGUUUCACCCAUUGUUGCUGGAGGGAACACUUCGGUCGGUUCCAAGAGGUCGGCUGCAACAACAUGCAACCGUUCCAACUCCCAUCAAUAUGAAAAUGACGAUGAUGAUUUUGACCCCCCGCCACCUAGAACUGCUCUUACCCGGAGGACCGACCCGCCAGUCAAGCGGCCAAAGGUAGCUAAAGCUAUAUCAUCCACCGCCGGUCAUAAUGGAAACCAACCAUCAAAACCGGCACCAACCAUUAGGUGCUCACCUGGAUUCGUGCUCUCUGCCAUUGAUCUAUUAACCGAAGAUCAAUAUGCAAAUGUCAAGGCUACUCCAUUUGGUGAAAUUCUGAACCUAAAAGCUGAUGCUCUUGAGUCCAGGAAUUUGCCGGUAUUCCUUAUGAACAAGACUGACAAGGACACUCUAAUAAUCAACGUCGGCACUCAAGGUGGACUGAAAAUUACCCCGCAUGCUGUGCAUUGUGUCAUGGGCACUCCACUUGGUGGUCGUGACCCAUCGGUCUGUUCUGUCACCCAAAAGAAUGAGCUGCUUAGACUCAAGAACGAGCUGAGCGUGCCAGUCGAUCAGAAUAUAACCUACAAAACUCUGUGCGACUAUAUAAAGUUGAAGAGGCCUGAUGAUUUGUCCACAAGAUGUUUCAUUCUGAUUAUAUUCAACUGGUUACUCUUUCCUUCCACAAGGACAUAUAUAUCUGGUAGGGAGGCUGCUUGGACUGCAGACAUUGCUAAUAUUGGUGCGAUCGAUUGGUCCAAAGCUGUUGUUGAUUACAUGAGGGAUAGUGUUGCAACAUGGCACUCCAAGAAGAACAACAAUGGAGUAUUGUCCAUUUCUGGUUGUGUGCUCUUUUUAAUAAUUUACUAUUUGGACAAUCUCCUGAGUGUCAAUAUGUUGGAUGCGUCUCAAACACCACGCAUAGCUUUCUACAACACUGGGAAGAUGCAAGCUAUCUUAAGUGAGGAUAAGUCGAAGAACAAGCCAGACUCGGAGUCAUAUGGCAACCUACCGCUUCGGUCCCAGGAGGGUACUUGCUGCUUGGAUGUUAAUGCCAACGCGACAUCAGCAAGCCAUGCUCAACCUCAUGCCCAUUCUGUUCUGUUCAUUAGCAUGCUGGAGCAACUCAGGGACUGCGUGGAUCAACUACCUCAAUCGAAGCAGGCUGUGGCAUUUGCUGCUAUACGGAGGUGUGAUGAUUCAGUUGCCAAACUACUUGCUGAUGUUUCUCUCGAACAACGCAAGGUUGUAUCGGAGUUACGCUGCAUAAUGCUCGAUCCUUCGACGUCUUCGCCAUCACCUCCAAUUCAGAGGGAUCCUAAGCCAAUUUCUUGUGCUGCGGCACAUUUGGAUAAUGUAGCGGAUGAGAACCCACCUGGGAGAUCUUCAGCCCAACUCGCUCGGGAACGGUCGAUUCAUGACAUUCCUGCUGCUACAGACAAUAUUGAAGUUGAUGGCACCAGUAUACAAUCCGAAGCCGACCGCAGUGUUCAGCGAAACGAUGGUGUGGAUCCCAGCAAGAAUCUUCCAUCGUCAGCAGAUGGCCCACUGCAAGGUUCUCUUACCCAACUGCUCCAGGGUAAUAUCGAAGCUUCUACGACCAAGUCCCAGCAAGAAAGCUUGCUUACCGCAUUUUAUGGACCUUAUGACAAAAGCGAAAAUGAUUGCACAAGUAACCAGCCCAAUAAACCUCAUCAAACAGUUGAGCCACACAAUACUGUUGACUCUAUGAACAACCUUCCACCACCAGACAAACAACAUGGCUCUGACAGCCACUCAAAAACCGAUUGCCCUACUCAUGCUGCUAACUGUUCUGAUGUGGAUGCGCAAGGAAUCACCGAUCCCAUUACGUUUUCUCAAAUGUGUGAAGGCAUUGAAUAUGAUGGAACUGGAUGCCCCUCAUGUGAUGCAGACGCGCGUCUUAUUAAUGAGGUGCACCUUGAUGACGUAGGCCAUGAGCAUGAAGAAGAAGCUGAGAUAGCUCCAACUAACACUGAUGCAGAAAACUUGGGGGUGGGUGUGUCAGACGUAUUCACGGGCCAAAAGUUUGUCAAUGAGGCACAAAUCGAUGCAGAAGCUGCUGAUCACACAGAGCAGGUCUCAAAAGAUGGUCAUUUAUCUGUGGAUGCACCAAUAAUUACUGGUCAAGUCCCAGUUAACCAUGACAAUGAUGCUGAUCGCCAAAUUACUGUCCAUGAACCAAUUAGCCACACAGAACAGUGUACCACCGCAGAGCAAUUUCAGUUGGAAGAUGCCAACACACCUGAAUCCUUAGUAUCCUUCGGUCAGCCAACACAAGAAUGGGAAGUUAGCCAACAACUUCGAGAUGCUAAUAUUCACCCAGACAGAACCCCCCAUUUUGAUACUAGAGAGCCAUCCCACAAAGUGUGUAUUAGGAGUGGCAGUGAAAUCAUCAAAUUACCUCACACUGGAGCGGAGGCUCAACCUACCAACCUACAGCAGUCUGCCUCCACUGCACAACAGGCUGCCCACACUAUCCAGGUCUCUGAUGCAUCUGCUCUACAGCUGUCUCCCAGGCGCUCGGCGAGAUUUAAAAAAACAGAUGUUUCUACGGAAAAACAUACACUUGUUCGCACCGCCAAGAACAUGGAGAAGGACAAAACCAAUGUCCCAAGCUUUGUGAACCCCAACCAAUUCGGAGCUCCUGGAAAUGUUCUGCAAUGCGGUCAACUACCAGUUAUCGUAAAGAGGAUCAGGAAGAGACCAUUGAAGAUCAUUUCUCCAUUUAAAUUACAUCCUGUUAAGUCUACCAUUUCUCUCAACCACGCCCGAAAACUCCGUGACAUAGUAAUCAACGACCUUGAUCUCAAAAAGACUGGACUUCUUGCUUACGAACCUUCUAAGUUAUAUCUUACUGGCAUGGAUCUCGCAAAAAGCUUCGGCGAUGGGGCAUCAAUGCUACCCAGCUUGAUGGAAUACUACAUAGACAUUCUGCGUCACGAUGAGAUUAAAUUAAGGCCCACGUCGGCUGGGUACAGGAUGUUCCUUCGUUGGUCACUAUCGUUCCACCUUAAUGUCGAUGCUCGGCACGAGACGCAAUCCUUCAAUCCUACUUUCAUUGAGGCACUAUUAAAGGAAGACCUCGCGGAUAAAGACCCUCAAGAUGUUCGCAUGAUAUUAUGGGUAUCCCAUCAGGGCAGUCAUUUCUCAGUUUAUUGUGUGAAUCGUGUUCACAGACGGAUUGACGUCCUCGAUUCAGUUGACUGGAGCACACAACAGACUACAUUUGAGGAUUUUCAUAAGCCGUGGGGUCCUAUUGCUGUCGCCAGACUCAAUGAUGCUUUUUUAAAAGUUACUGAGGGGAAGUUCGACAACUUCUGCAAGUGGCCUAUUGCUAGAUUUCCAACCCCCAAACAACUUGCCAACGACUGUCCUUUCUUCUGUUUCAAAUUCCUGAAAUUUUAUGAUGGCGAGGAGAAUCAAUUACGAAUCAAAAUCGACCCAGAGAAGUUUAGUGAUUACAGGUCGGAGGAGCUUGCAUACAUGGUGUUCCAUGAAUUGAAUUUAUUUCGUCAGCUACCACCUCAAAUUGAAGUUUUGAGGAAGGCUAUUACAAAAGCAUAACCAGUUGCCGGCACUAGCAAACCAAAAUGUUUCGCGAGGGGAGUCACAAGCUAGCCAUGUUUAUUUCCAUAUCCACCAUGAUUACUUUCCCGACAGAUAUUCGUCCUAAUGUAAACCUAAGUGACGGAGAAUAUUAUUGUACUGCUUUCCGUACUUGCUUCUGCAUUACUGUAUUUUGUAUUAUCUAAUCGUAUAUUAGGUGGCACAAUCGAUGGCUGCAAUGUGCAUUAAUGUUUUAUAUA